AUGGAACAACCACGAAUAGAAAUUGUUAUUGGUGUUUUGAACAAUGAAACAGAACCCACACCCCCAAAGAAACCACAGACUAGAAGAAAACACUCCAAUUCAAAAUACGGCUGUUUGCAAUGCAAAAAGAGAAGAAUCAAAUGCGACCAGUCUUUUCCACAGUGUAAACACUGUAUGAGUUAUAGGGCAAGGGAAUUGAGAUGUUCAUAUAUGGACUUGACUGAAGAGCAAAAGCAAGUGAUUUUGGAGGCCAAUAAAAAAAUGGGGGACGAUGCAAAGAAUCCUGGGAAUGAUUCUAUGGGGUCAAAACCUUCGCCAAUUAGAACCACCUCCAAGACUACGAGCUUGCUAUCCAAGUUUGAAAAAACAUCUGGCGAGAAGCAUAUCAGGCAUCAUUCACCUGCCACUUCCUCAUCUUCAUCACCAACAUCCACUUUCCCAAUAUAUCCUACACCUACCUCGAUCAAUGAUCCAAUGCCAUUACCAGGAGCUUCUAAUAUCCUUACAAAGUUCCGCGUAACUGGGAUUAGAAAGGCCUGGGAUGAUGAGAGACUUAUUCAGGCAGUGAUUUCGUUUGUUUCCAAGAACUUGAAAAUGCCAAUUGUCAACGCGGCGUAUACCAGAUAUUUUGAAUUAAUCUGGAAUAUUUGGGGCAAUACCACCAUUGGUGACGCCUCGGGAAAGAGCCUUGUUAAUUACUAUACGUUGAUAUCUUGGGCGUCCAAAUACUUAUCAACGGGUGUUUACCUUUCAGUGAGACGAAAUAGUAUGAGUCAGUUAGGGAAAAACCUCAAUCGAAUAACCAAACCGUUGGAAAACAUUGCGUUGACCUCAAAUGGGGUAUCGUUGAGUUUGUUGACCGAUGCCAUCAACAAAAACGAUUAUCGAUUACUCAUUGAUUUAAUGACCUCUAAUAUAUUCGUUUCAAAUUCAAACUAUGGAAAGGACAACUAUAUUGAGAGAAUGACUCACUUGAACGGUCUAGUGGCCGUCAUUUACGAACUAUAUUGCCACAAAUCAACGAUUUAUGUCCCGUUGAGUAAUACUCAAGAAAUUGAAGACUUGACACUUCGAAAUGCCAUCAAUGAACUAUAUCCUCAAGAAGAUAAUGAAGAGUUCCGAAAUACUGAUGGCAAGCACGACCAUUUAUUAUCAUCUCCCGAUCAUUUGGGAAACUUAGCUCCGGGGUACAGUUAUUUCAACAACUUCACGGCCAGAGAAACUGUAUUGAUCAAAUUCUUUGAAUGGCAGAUUUAUUACGGGGUGGUGGCGUCAUUCUUGCCUCCUUAUAAUCAUCAUUGUCUUUAUGAAUUCCGUGAUAACUUCAUAUCAUUUAGAGAUUUACUAUGUGAUAUUGAAAUGCCGUUAUUAGUGGCAAUGGCUGACAAUUUAUGGGAUUAUUUGCAGUAUUUGAUCGACGAAAUUUUCCCUAUACUAGAGCAAAACGGUAUUAAUGAUCAUAGGUUCUUUACUACGAGUCCUAAGAUAUUUCAUAGCAUCUACAUGAAAUACUUGUUGAUGACGCCUCCGGAGACAUUUGUUUCGACAUCAAAGUCCAGCAAUUUGUCAUUAGUUGAAAGAAUCUUGUAUCGGUACUACAUCAAUCUAGGCAAAAUUUUGGACCAUAUUUUCCCUCAGGUGAGAUAUUUGUUCAUUUUCGGUUUCAUUACCACUUACACUCAAUAUUCCGAUGACCAAGGUCAUGUUCUUGAGGAAGGGUUGCAACUGCUUUUGAAGUAUGGAACCUACGAUAAGUUGUUUCCUAAAUCUUGCUCAAAUCGGCCGGUAGACGAACUUUUCAAACGGAAAAUCAUUUAUCACAUCCAUUACUGUUCGAGAGUAUUUGGGUUUUUCCGGUCAAGAAACAUGUUGCUUCAUCAAGGGAUUUUUUUCAACGAUCCAUUUCCAGAAUCGAUUAAGAAUGAUCGGCUUAGAACCAGAAAAGUCCAGGUUAAUGAGAUUCAAAUCACCUCAUUUGGAAAAACGUUUAUUCAUCCAAGAAAUUUCCCCCAUGUGGUUGACCGCCCACAUAGCACUGGUAGCAAUUGCUCCGGCAGUGACGAUGAAAAACCGGUGUUCAAAGGAAUGACAAUUAGUGAAUUAGAAUCUCUAAAUCCUAAGUACCUGCAGCUUCAAAAACAAAAUGUAGUUCCUGCAGGAUGUACGGUGAACCAGAUCUUUCUAGAUCCGUUUUUUCAGAAAGAUAUUGAUAUUGAUGGGAACAUUGUUGGUUUCGAUUUCUCCGUUGGUUCUUUAAGUGUUCCUAUUAUGCUCAAACAUUUAGUUGGAAGAAGUGUGAGGGAUUUCUAUGAUGAUCGUUCUGCGAUUUUCAAUUAUUUUGCAGUCCACGAUUUGUAA